AUGGCUCCUAAAAGAAAGGGUAACAAGACAGCAGACGAUAAUUGGGAGGCUGAAGCUCUCGAACGGCUCCACAGUAGAGGGGGUGGCCUUUUAGCCGCCCUUAAGAAGAACAAGCAAAAUAAGAAAAGGAAAGGCAAGGCGGUAGAUGAAGACUACGAUAUAGAAGAUGAUGUUCUAACACCUGUUGAUGGAAAUGGACAGCUUGGAGCUGACAAUGGUGGCUUGAGCUCGAAGCCGCCGGAAGAAGCUACUGCUGAUGAUCUCUUCGCUGAACCUGUGGCCAGAGGCAAAGCAGGCAAGAGCAAAUCCAGUAAACUCGCUUCUACGCCCUUAAAUGAUGACGAAGCACCAGACGAUGAAGCAGGAGGCUUGAAAAGUAAGAAGGAGAAGGAGAAGGAGAAAAAAGAGCGCGAGAAACAGCGCAAGAGAGAACAGGCUGCUAAAAAAAAAACAACGCCAGCAGCUGCUCCAACACCCAAGGCUGAGCCACAGGAUCCUAUACCAGAGACGAAAGUUGACCAGACAACAACGGCUGACGCUGCCAAAGGCGGCAAGAAGAAAGUUCCCGCGGCGCUCGCUGCCAUACAGCGUCAGCAAGAAUUGUUGAGGCAGCAGCAGGAAGCAAAAGCAAGGGCAGAUGCGGUCGAAAGGGCACGUAUUGAAGAAGAAGAAAGCAUUGCAGCGGAGGAAGAGAAGAGAAAGGAGGAAGCUAGACAGCGGAGAAAGGAGAAGGAGAAGGAGAAAAAAGAGCAAUUGAAAAAGGAAGGGAAGCUUCUCACUCCUGCGCAAAAGGAGCAGCAAAGACGCAAUGAAACGAAGAGGCAGCAAAUGAUUGAUGCUGGCGCUAAAAUUGCAGGAAUGGACGAUGAGCCUGUGGAAAAGAAAAAGCCCGUUUAUGACAGUAAAAAAAGAAAGCUGGCAAAAAGCCGGGAGAAGAUGCUAAAAUCGAUGAGGAAAGGUUAA